AUGAGAGUUUGGCAGAACAGGAAGGGAUUGGAGGAACGGGACGUCAAUCCUCCAACCACGCAUGACGAACAUCGGAGUCAGCCCAACAGCGACUUGACCACAGCCCACCAAUCAGGUGUCAGGUACCACACAGCAUAUGCAAAUAUGGAAGGCACAAGUGAUGAAACAAACGGGGAGUGUCAGCCGAGGCAGAGCCAGACCGGUGGUGACAUAACCAAAAGCGACGGCACUGGAGGAAAAUCUAUCUAUGGUGACAAAUUUGAUGACGAGAACUUUGACAUCAAACACACAGGCCCAGGGAUCCUGUCAAUGGCAAACCGUGGCCGUGACACAAACAACUCCCAGUUCUUCAUCACGCUGAAGAAAGCAGAGCACCUGGACUUUAAACAUGUUGCCUUUGGAUGGGUUCGAGACGGCAUGAAUGUGGUGAAGAAAAUGGGCGAGCACGGCACAAAAGGGGGUGUCCCGGCGAAGAAACUAGUCAUAACCAAUUGCGGUCAGCUCUAGCCUUUCAAGUUACAUGUCAGAAAUUACACAGUAAUGCACUUCUCACAAAAUUAAUGUCAGGGGGCAACAAAUACAGCACAGUUCAUAAAGGACUUGGUACCAUUUUAAUAGAUGCAUACACAUUCUAAAUGGCUAUGCCAAAAUUGGGUGCAUAAGGAAAUGGUUUUUGACAUUGGAACAGGUGGUUUGUCAUUGUCAAUAAUUUUGACAUUGUUUGUAUAGUUGUACAUUGACUACUUUUUAUUGUCUGUGUUUUUUGUCUUUUUUGAACGUGUCCUGAGUUUGAAUGUGCUUCACCUGUCUCUUUCGUUGUUUAUAAGUCUUAAUCUUAUUGGUUAAGUCAGGUUAUCCGUAAAAAGCACCUAUUGAUCACAAUGUGCCCAGAAAUCUGCUAUUUUAGAUUUCAUUGAAUUUAUAUUUUAAAAAAAUGAUUUUUUUUUUUUGGUAACCUUGCUCUGAUGACAUACAAAGCACUGUUCAUACAGACUACAUGGUUAUUUAUCAUCAGGUGUUAGUUUUCUAAAAAAAAAAAAAAAAACAAACAAAAAAAGCAAUUAAGGACAGAUUAUCAUAAUUUAAAUAGUGCUUUAUGUACCAGACUGGAGAU